UCCCAACUACUUUACAUUUUUCUCGUAUCAACUGUGGAAGAAAAAGAUCUUCAUCCUUUCCAUAUCUCAUCAGUUAUUAUGGCUACUUCUUCUAUUCCUGCUCUUGGGGACACAACUGAUGCUGAGAAAAAAGAAUAUAGCAUUGUUCACUUCCAGUAUCCCCCAAGCCAUGGUAUAAAAAAUAUAUCCACUAGCUAUAUUUAUAAGCAAACACUGUUUUCACGGCUCAAUUUCCUAAAACCUUAUGAAAUUACAAAAAAGGAGGAAAAUAUUCGCGGAGACAAACACAAAGAUGUAUAUUUGCUAUCAAGAGAUGACAUUAGAAGACUUCGAAGUAAAUAUCAGUUUAUACAUAUUGGCUUGGUACAAUUUUCUAUAGAAUAUUAUGCUUCAACACGCGGUAAUCUGUCUGUUAGUUUGAGAGAUUCUAAGUACCCAAGUCUUGAAGAAUCUAUGCUGGUAAGUUUUGAUUCAGAUUUGCAUAUAGAUGACAUAAUAAAGUUUAAUUGGUUCCCAAAUUUCUCAGCAAGUUUAACUGAUUUAGCAAAUUCCAAUGGUUUGGUUGUUACUAUAGAUUCUUCAGCAUAUACAACAGUUAGGUACAAGGUAUGUUAUAAAUUAAUGAAGAAAUCUCUUAAACCUGAUUACCUAUUUGAAAAUCCUGUUUUAGAGGUAAACACAGAUACAGCAAAUGUUGUUGUCCACAAAUCUGAUAAUGGUAGUUAGGCAUCAUUGUUGUGAGUUUCAACUAAUUAUGAAGAUGGAGAAGAUGACCCUGUCAUGUUUGAAGAUCGUUUUCUAAUUUCUAUUUUAAGUAUUCUGUUUGUUGCGAUGCAUCUCUUUUUAUUUUACUUUUGGAAUAUUAU